AAAGCAACUCUCCCAUGUCUACGUUGGGCAACCCGGCAAACAUCUUUUGGCAUGAAUGUCCAGUAGGGAAACUUGAAAGGCAAAAGCUACUGCAGCAAAAGGGAUGUGUUGUAUGGAUCACAGGUCUCAGUGGGUCAGGGAAAAGCACAUUGGCAUGCUCAGUAAGCAGAGAAUUGCACAACAGAGGAAAGCUUUCCUACAUCCUUGAUGGAGACAACCUUAGGCAUGGACUGAACAAAGACCUUGGUUUUAAAUCAGAGGAUCGUGCAGAAAACAUACGCAGGGUUGGGGAAGUAGCAAAGCUUUUGGCAGAUGCCGGUUUAAUCUGUAUGGCUAGUCUGAUAUCUCCAUACAGAAGGGACCGAGAUGCUUGUCGUGCCCUUUUGCCAGAUGAAAAUUUUUUUGAGGUUUUCAUGAACAUCCCUCUGGAAGUUUGUGAGGAAAGGGAUCCAAAAGGACUUUACAAACUUGCACGUGAAGGGAAGAUCAAAGGUUUUACAGGUAUAGAUGAUCCAUAUGAACCACCCUUGAAUUGCGAGAUAGAGAUACAACAGAGUGAUGGGGUUUGCCCUACUCCACCCAUUAUGGCAGGACAAGUCGUGACCUACUUGGAGGACAAAGGCUUUCUUCAUUGAUCAACU